UACCUCCUACUUGUGGGGGGGCUAACUUCUCUCUCUCACGAGGACGCGAAUGAGCGCGCGCGCUCGGCCGAUGCGUGUCGUCGUGGCCUGCCGAUUCUUCGUGCAGGGGGAGCGAGCCUGCGAACGAGCACCUGGAUCGGGGGAUCGGUUGAUCCAGAAGUCGUGAACCGAGCAAAACCAGUUCGAUAGGUGCCAGCCGUGGCGAACAGGUCGAGCCGGCGGCUGCCAGUCCGAGUAUACCUCCGAGAGGUAUCCUCCUCUUCCCCAUCCGAGGGUUUCCGUCGCGAACCUGUCUGUCGCACGCGACGUAUGAUAUCUCGUGCCUGCCGAGUGGGUGUCCCAAGGUCGGUCGAAGGGCGUUCUUCGAAGCUCGUGAAGGUCGCAGGGUCACAGAUGAGACGGGGAGGCGCCGGGCGCGGGAGACACCACUCGACAGGCUUCGACCACGUGGCCGCAGCUGUUCACCGGGGAUUCGCGAUCGAGGGUGCGAGAUCUGGGUCUGACUGACGCCAGGUGAUCCAGGUGAUCCAGGUGAUCUCGUGAAACGCGUAGAAUCUAAUUCAACGAUCACAUCAUCAAGAAGAGAUGAUGCAUCGCCGUGCGGUCUGACAACUUGAAGGAGUUUUGUAGCAACGUCUCAUCAGAAGCAGAAGGAACAGCGGCGGUCUGUCGAGCGGUGUCAGUCAAGAUGUGCGACCGGCGGAAACAGGCCUGGGCCGCCGUUAUCAUUGGCAACGUGUUGAUCUACACCGUUGUUAUUGCCAGCCCGAUCUAUGUUCCUCAAUUUCAACCAGGAAGCACGGGAAGAAACAUCAGACACUUGCCCUGCGUGUCACGCAGAAGCGGUGAGACCGGUGUGUGCAUGUUCGCGUUUACCUGUGCGAAGGCUAAUGGCACGCAUCUUGGCACCUGCAUCGAUCGCUUCUACUUCGGUAGCUGCUGCAAGAUUGACGACGAGCCGGACAUCUUCCCGCAGGACAAUAGCAUCGACGACGGUCCGUCGCCACCAAGGCCGUUCAUCACGACCCACAGGCCUAUCGGGAGCAGCGGCAUACCGGAGUACUUCGCGAGGCCCAAGCCGACCGAUGAAAAGAAACCAGUCGUGGCUUCGCAAAUCACGACAACGUCUGCAUUCUUGAAUACGCAAAGCACGCUAACUUCGGCAAGUACGAUGAGAGACACCACGAAAUUCGUGACAAAGAAGCCAACGAUCACGACGAUAGAAACGACCACGCAGACUACUCGCCUCUCGACAUUCCAAACCGUGCAAAACGCUGCCGGACCUAGCACGGAAGCCUUGUUGAAGAAAACCAACAGUACUGUAAAUAUUCUGUCAAGUAUAUCACCAAGUACACCGAGACAACCUACGAAACCGUCCACUUUGGCCUAUACCUUACGACCCAGCACCGUAAAUCUAACAAAACUGACGACCAUCACGACAUCUUCGAAAACGACUACGAAGAAACCUGUUGUUGUUUCCACGACAACAGCGCAGAGACCAACAGUGCAGACAUCCCAGAAACCACUUUCCUCGACUACUCGUAGGCCGAUUAUUCAAUACGAAUCGACCACGACUACGAUAAAGAACGUGCUCGCGACCACCACGCAAAAAGUGGUGCCUUCGACGAGAUUCCCACCGAGAAAUACAACGUCGGUCAAACCGUUGACUCAGACGUCCACGAGAAAGCCUAGCACUAAGAGGCCUAGCACUGUUACCACCACUGUGACAUCGAAACGUCCAGUGGUGACUACGAAGAAACCCAGUACAUUGACGAAGAGACCGUCAACCUCUUCGAAGCCUCUCACGAAUUCCAGCUUUGGCACGACUUUGCCGAUAACGACCAGGCCUUACUCAACCUCCGGAUCGUUCAGCAGCAUUGGAUCUUCCAGCAUAGUCAAUCGAGCAACGGAGAGUACUUUAGCCUCCACUGGGAUUAGACCGUCGACUGCAACGACGGCAGUUACGAGCUCGAGCAGUCAGAAGACCACCAUUACGACGAAGAGUCCGGAUCAAAAAGUGUCUAUCACAAAAACAACGACACCGAAGACAACCUCGAAAACAACAACGAAGCCAUCGACGAUCAGGACAACCACCGCUAGAUCGACAACGGCUAGAACAACGAUCACGAAAUCGACCACGACCAAACCAUCGUCGUUGACCACGACGAGAUUGAAACCCACUAAGAUCACUAGUACUACAACGAAGACCACCAAACCCGAAUACACCACCAUCACGACAACCACGGAGAGAACGAGACCGUUGACGUCAACUGUCAGUUCAACGAUUGAAGUUACGAAACCAAAACCCAGCACUACAAAACCAACUCCUUUGACGAAGGUUCCUGUAAACACGUCCAGCAUUGUGGAGGUCACCACAAGUAUCUCGAGUUCGAUAUCCACGUUUACCGUUAGAAACGAGAGCACCUCGACCCACGUACCUCCUACGAAGGGUCAGAAUGUUAAUCACACCCUUGAGGAGAUCCCGUUGACUACAUAUUCGCCCGGACUAGUGACGUGGAGCUCCAACUCCGAUGAAGUUUCGACUAAGGCGUCCAACGAAACGUCUUCGUCAACGUCAACUUCAACGGUAGCUACAUCAUCAGAGCAAGCGGAAACUGAUUGGUCGCCGAUAACGACUCCGGAUGGUUGGAUAAUGAUUCAGUCGCCCACCACCGAAAUGUUACCGCAGACUCAAGAGUCGACGACCGAACCGGUUGCGGAAUCCACUAUACAGUCUUUGACUUCUGCCAAACCGAUAACAGAGAGCACUAUUAUCCCCGACACCACGAAGACACCGACGGUGAUCACUUUGCUGUCAACGAUCGCCAGCGUUACGAUCGACUCGGAACUUCCGGUACCGAUGGAGACCCUCAAUAUGUCAGACUACAAACAAGUGUGCGGACGAAGACUGUUCCCGGAGCCCAAGAUCGUCGGUGGUGAUCGAAGCUCCUUCGGAAAAUGGCCUUGGCAGAUCUCAUUACGUCAAUGGCGAUCGCAGACGUAUCUACACAAAUGCGGCGCGGCAUUGUUGAACGAGAACUGGGCUAUUACCGCGGCGCACUGCGUCGAAAGCGUUCCACCUAGCGACCUAUUGUUAAGGAUCGGUGAACACGAUUUGUCGAACGAAGACGAGCCGUACGGAUAUCAAGAAAGAAGAGUGCAAAUUGUGGCGAGCCACCCACAAUUUGAUGCGCGUACCUUCGAGUACGAUCUCGCUCUAUUGCGAUUCUACGAGCCUCUUCUGCCGUUCCAACCAAACGUCCUCCCGAUUUGCCUGCCCGACGACGAUGAAACCUAUGUUGGUCGUACCGCCUACGUUACUGGCUGGGGCAGACUUUACGACGAGGGGCCACUACCAUCCGUGUUACAGGAGGUUGCAGUACCGGUUAUCAAUAAUAGCGUAUGCGAAGCGAUGUACAGAAACGCGGGUUACAUCGAGCACAUUCCGCACAUAUUUAUCUGCGCCGGUUGGAGAAACGGCGGGUUCGACUCUUGCGAGGGUGAUAGCGGCGGUCCGAUGGUCAUCCAAAGAGCGCGAGACAAGCGAUGGGUCCUUGCCGGGAUCAUAAGCUGGGGAAUCGGUUGCGCCGCGCCCAAUCAGCCCGGCGUUUACACGCGUAUCUCGGAGUUUCGCGAAUGGAUCAAUCAGAUCCUGCAAUUCUGAGCGUCUCGGCGAAAGAGCGUGCUCCGCGCUCUCGAAAUUCGCGCUUUCACGUCGCGUCGACUCCUACGGACGUUUGUAACGAUCGCCAAGCGGACGGACGGCACCAUCUGCCGGAGCUGUGAGCCAAGUGCAAUUUAGUAGAAAAAAAAGUAAAAGAUCCCAGUGGAGAUUCACAGAGAUCUGUGCGCGUGUUGCGAACUUGGACGACAUGUGGAGCCACUGAUUCGAUUUUCGCGUGUGAAGCCGCGACGUAUGUACACGCGAUUUCCCGGGCAAAUCCAACGUGUUACAACGAUACGGUAAAGGGACAAAGGGCGGUAUCGAUUUGCGAUAUCGGAGACACUGUGAAUAUCAGUGAUAAGCACAUCGGAUUUUGUGACAAAGGAUCGAAAUUUUCGAUCAACUUAGAUUCAUUUAUCUAGAAUCGAUUUAAAAUAGUUAAUUCCAGGACACGGAAUCACUUUUUUAAAGUAAAUUAUUCUUUUAGAUAUCUACAAAUGCUGUUCAGCACUAAUUUUUCAAGUUUUUUCCUUUUACCAAACAUAUAUUGAUUAUUUUUUUCUAAUGUGUUCAGUUUGCUCAAAGCCUGAUUUAUUAAAUGCAUAUAAAAAUGCAUGUGAUUACGCUAAUUGAUAAAUUUAAAAAAAAAAUAUUGGAUAUGUUACUAAUUUACUAAUAGACAAAAAUACGCUAAUUUGUGUGUUGAAUCUCAGCUAGAACUCAAUCACACACACAUUUUCAAAAAUAAUUUUUAAUUUUGAAUUCAAAUAAAUUAAAAUAAUGU